CACGCAUCACACCAUGGCGGAACAGCAGAUCACGCUCACCGACCUCGACCCCAACCAGCUGCAGGAGGUGAAGAAGCAGCUUGACGAGGAACUGGACCACCUCACGUCGUCGUACGCACAGCUAAAGCAAGCGCAGGCCAAGUUCCGCGGCUGCGUCAACGAUGUCGAUGAGCUCAAGUCGGCGGUGAAGGACCGCGAGGUGCUCGUUCCCCUGCUGUCGUCGCUUUACGUCCCCGGCAAGCUGGGCGACACGAGCCACGUGAUCGUCGACGUCGGGACAGGGUACUACGUGCGCAAGACCCGCGACGAGGCGAAGAAGCACUACAGCGACAAGGCGGCGUUCGUGCAGAAGAACCUGGACACGCUGCAGACUACGAUUGAGCGCAAGCAGGAGAACGUGCAGAGCGUUGUGCAGGUGCUCCAGAUGAAGUUGCAGGAGGGUGGGAAGGCUGCGGCGACCACAGAGGGAUAGGGAGCUCACCAUAGCGCGGCGGCGCAAGUAAAGCAUAAGGCGAGAGACGUGAGAGGCAAGAGGCCAUAGAAGAGGCAAGAGCGGAGGCCGGAGACAGGAGGCGGUCUCGAGAACGACAAGCGCAAGACGGACGCAUUGUACCCUGCAUCUGCA